CAGAAAAGCAGUAAUGACUCAUGAAAGCCAUAUCCUCUGCCUAGGAAUUAGUAAUAACAAACAAAAGCCAUAAUGAUGAAAGAAAAAGAAAAGAGAGAAGAAAAAUGAAACAACUAGAAGUCAAUAGUUUUACGUUUUUGCUCCUUCAACAAUUUGUAACACCCUUUCUACUCUGUACAGUUUCAGCUCCCCUAGUCAUUCAUGCCUCUGUAUAAUAAUUAUUAUGUUAGUAUAUGCGUAAAAAAUAUGCCCACAUUGUGCGUGUGUGUGUUAAAGGAGCCGAAAGCCCAGCCCAUAUGUUGUUUAUUCCCUUAACGACCACCUAAACCUCUGCCAUUACUGAUCAAGAAUUGGUUACACAAAACCCUUGAAAAUUUUGCCUUUCUUUUUCUUCUAGUUAAACUCUCCCUUAAUCUUGUUUUUCUCACUUUCUGUUUGUUCUUACCAUUGCUAACCAUUUACACCAUGGGUUUUUGUUUUUAGCCCCUCCAUAGAUUCUACACAUACACAUACGUUGAGAUAAUCGGCCUGGAUUUUACACGAAAAUCAAGGGAAUCUGGAAAACCAGAGCGGAAUACAUUACUUUCUCGAUUGAUCUCUAUAUUUUGACUGUGGGAAACAUAAUAAAGAUCAGACCUUGUUUGGAUAUAGUGUUUUUCAGUCCUUUUGGUUUUGAAACCAUUGAUUUCCAGCCUUUUGUUUUAUUUUUUCAUCGAUUCCAUGGCCGCUGGUGCAGAGGUUUUUGGUGAGGCUGCAGUUUUGGAGAUGAAUUCUCCAGCUGCUAUUGUUGAACCUUCAUCACCGAAUGACCGUGGCCCUGCCAGUGAAAAAAAAAUGGAGAAAAUUGAAAAUUCCUAUUCUGAGAUGUCUGAGGAAUCUGGUGGUACUAAUGAGGUUAAGGGCUCUGAUAUGGACUCAAAUGCCGAUUCAAAAUCAGAACUUGGAAUGAACGAUAUUGUUGAUAUGCUGAAGAAACUGAAGCUGAAUCCCCUGGCUAAGGAGUUCUUUCCUUCCUCCUAUAAUUAUGGCCACAUGGGUGCUUACAGUUUUGUGUUUUACAAUAAGAAUUUGGGAAGUGAUGGUUCCAAGAAUAACCUUAGGAGAAGAAGUAAUAACAACUCAAGCAGAAGGAGAGGGAGUGGCAGAGCUUUCAGAGCUCAAAGGGAAGACAGCGUUAGGCGAACUGUCUAUGUUUCUGAUGUUGAUCACAAUAUCACCGAGGAGCGGCUUGCUGCCUUAUUUAGCAGCUAUGGUCAAGUUGUUGAUUGCCGAGUAUGUGGUGAUCCACAUUCCCGUCUUCGCUUUGCUUUUGUGGAAUUUUCCGAUGAAUAUUCUGCUAGGGCAGCUCUUAUCCUUACUGGGACACUGAUGGGUUGCUCUCCUAUUAAGGUUUUGCCUUCCAAAACUGCUAUUCUUCCAGUGAACCCUACAUUCCUUCCAAGGUCGGAGGAUGAACGGGAGAUGUGUGCUAGGACAGUGUACUGUACAAACAUUGAUAAUAAGGUCUCUCAAGAUGAUGUCAAGAGUUUCUUUGAAAAAAGAUGUGGUGAGGUUUCCCAAUUGAAGCUCUUGGGUGAUCACAUGCACGCCACACGGAUUGCUUUUGUUGAGUUCUUCAUGGUGCGUUACUUAUGCUUCACAAAUAAUUCAAGAUUUCUUCCUCAAAGUAAAAAUAUAUUC